GAGCGCUCCAGGUGCUUGGUUUGCGGCGGCGCCUUCUCCGCGGAGCGGACGCUGCCCACGGCUGCUGUCGUGCCGCAUACGUCAUUUCGGCAGCCCUGCGACGCGUCGACCAAAAUCUUGAGCCCACAGCCCUUUGCACACUCACACUGUGCCGUCGACGAGAGAGCCUCAGGGCAGCGUGCCGCCGCCGACGAUGCCCAAAAAGAAGGACGACGACCUGGACCUGCGCUUCGACCCGCGGGCCGAGCUCGGCCUCGACCCGAAGUGCACGUUCGACGUCCAUAUUGCGGAGGACGGCGUCGGUCCCAAAUCUGAUGACGGCCCGGCGCCCGACGACCCCGACGUCAUUGACCUGGGCCAGCCGCCGGACUAUGCUUACUAUUCUAGAGAAGAUCCGACCGCUUAUGAAGUAAAACCCCUCGGCCCGAAGAAGGAGCUCCGGAAGAACAAAGAAGGUUUAAUCAUGCCAGAUCCCGACCCGCGCUUCCCCGAAGAAGGCCCGGAGUGCGAGACGAAGGUCGUGGGAGGCCACACGAUUUACAAGGUCGGCGCGAAGCAGUGGUACUCGCCCGGCAAGCCUUAUGAUGGCCCGAGCUGCGCGCGGCGGUUGCGGGAUUUACUAGACCACUACGAUCGCUUAAUGUGCGUCUCCACGCCUCGAACGCAAUCGCGGGAGGACGCUGCUGCCGAGAAGGCGGACACGAAGCCUGGCGGGAAGAACUACGACCCCCUCUACGACUGGUCCCUGUACGGCCGCGAGGACCACCCGCGCUGGCUCCAGUUUUGCAGGGAGGAGAAGAUGCGCGACGAGGCGAAGGCCAAAGGGCUCAUACCACCGGGCACCACAGAUUUCGACGGCGUCGACCGCUACGGCGAGAACGACCCCUUCAUUUUUAAUGGAUACCGCCAGGAGGAGUACGACGCCUUCUACGCGCGCUACCCGUUUCUGUAUCAAAAGGGCGACUGGACGCACUUUGAAGCGGAGGACAUGGUUGAAGUUAGGCAUAGUCCUGGCUACAAGCCGGACUUCGAAGGGAAGUUGGACGAGCCUUCUAACCCUAAACCGAAGAAGAAGCGGGGCUGGUUCGCGCGCGCGCCGGCGCCGGCGCCGUCUCCCGUGCCCGAGUCGCCCGUGCGGCGCCUCGACGAUUUGAAUCUGGACGACGACAUUGACUAAGUCUGUCCUUCUGUA